UAUUUGAAACUGUGGCCCAGUUUAAUAUAAACAUCCAACAUUGCUUUAUAUAUACAUGACAGAAAACAAGGAAAGGAAUAAUCGGUCCCCUUUAAUCACAGCCCCCAUGAAGCUCAAUUCAUCACAAAAUGUGUCUAUUUUUGGAUUCUUCCUUCAUAGUGUAGGCAUGCAAGAAAUAAACCUUGAAUUCUUGAAUAAAACUAAUACGGAUCAGGAUGAAUAUACAAAUUGUCAUUUGGGGGGUUAAGUAUUUGUUUAGUUAAUGAGAAAAGAGACUGCAAAAUAAUGUUUUACAGUAAAGUGUAAAUUAUAAUAAUUUCCAUUCCCUCUAAAAUGUGGCACUGUAUCAGUAGUAUAAAAUGAAAAUAAAAACUUCUGUAAAGUACAGAACUUAGUCUGCAAUUUUGAAUACAUUGUUUCAUAUUCAGUUUGAUUUCAUUUUCAAUCAACAAGUAGGCCAAACUGUAAAAACCGUCCCCUCAAAUCUAUGUGUGUUUGUCUGUGUCUGUGUUUAUAGGCCAAUUAUAACAGCGUUACCCUCCUCCUGACCUCCCCUGAGGCAGCCAAAUCUCCUCCUGUGUGAAAGGUCAGUAAGAGGUCAAGAGAGGUCGCCGGCGAAAGGCCGCUCUAGAACAGAGAGCCUGCUGGGUGCCAUGCCAAACAUCCACAGUGGGGGUCAAAGGUUACACAGAUACAUAAACCAGACAAAAGGGUGCCAACAGGUACAAGACGUGUGAAUGUCCACAACUGUAACAGGAGAGCAGACUGUUGCAGAGAGCUAAACUUAUAACUGGGGACUAAUGUGUGGUGAGAGAGGCACUUUAAAGCUACUUAAGCCUUGUACAUGUCACUUCAUACCCUAUAGACGCCUCUCUUUAUAGUAUUUGGGGAAGUGCAGAAAGGCUGAAGCACAGGUAACUGAUCACUAAUUACUCUUAAUUGCCUCAGUCAGCUAGAAAAAGCUUUGUGUGUGCAACAGUGUGUGUGUGCGCGCCUGUUAACCAACCAUAGUCGUAGAAGCUAUUAAAAACUCAUUAACCUACGUUUUAUUUGAAGCCCCCUGCCCCUGUCAGUCAUACCCCUAAUGUAUUUUGCUACUCUUUGAUUUUACGACUCGCCUCUGUUAUUGUAGGAUAUCUUCUCCUUUCCUUGUAAUUUUAUUUUAUGACAUGGAGAGUCGAGUACAAUACGCCCCCCGGGGAGGUCCACUUACCUCCACGCCAACAAAUAUAAUUACCGCUGAUCAGAGGAGCGAAAACAGACCGCCGCUUAUCUGCCACAGCCCGUUUAUUUUUUUCUCUUUCUUUCUGUCUUUUUUUUUUUUUUUAGCAGUAGUCGCACUGGAGGAUGAUGGCUAUGUUAAUCAUAAAAGGAAAAACGCAGAGACCCAGCAUGUGGUAGAGGACCUGCUGCCACGCUUAAUUGAAAAUUGUGAACAUUUCUGUUGCUCUGUUUAUAGAUAACAAAUCCAUACGUCACAGAAAAACAUUCAAGUGUUUUAUGAAUAACUGAUAACCAGUCUAGAAUUCGGCAAUCACUGAGUACCACAAAUGACGCUUAUUGUAAUUUAUUUACAACUUUUAUAACUGUUAUUCCCCCAUGCGUCUAUCAAAAUAGCCUACACCGUGGGGCGGUAGCGAGCACUGUGGGCAGCAACGAAAACUUGAUCCAUAUGUCAAACUGAUCCAAGUGGGCAAGAUUGGAUAUAUGCCGGAUGUAGCCACCCGAUGGGGCUCACAUUGUCAACAAAUAAUUUCAGUCAUAUUUAGCAAAAUAUGCAGCCCAAGAACGGCCGUGGUAAAAUUGUCACAUUAUUGAACGGAGUUUGGCGUGGAUCUAACCGCACUCAAAGCACCCACAGAACCAGCUGUGACCGCGGCCUUGCAGAGAAUGAAAUCGGCUAAGUUAGCGCCAGAAGUAAACAGCUAAAGUCCUAUCGUGUUUACCAAGUAAAGUCCUCUGCUCCAUGUUGACAGGUGAGAGUUCAUAGGAGCAAAGUUGGUCCCCUCGCGAUGGAGCUGCGAGCCUGACUGUGUAACCCCCAAGAAAUGGUACUCAAAGGCUUUGAUCCUAGAGGACUGGGUUUGCGGGAUAUGGCCCAAUAGCAGCAGCCCGUGAUGCCGGACCAUGACAGCGACUCCCUCCUGAACAGACAGACCAAGCGAAGACGUGUGGACAUUGGUGUUAAGAGGACCGUGGGCAGCACAGCCUCCUCCACAGCAGCAGCCACAACAACAACCACUGAUAACAUUGCCCGCGCCAAAGCAGCCAUUUUCAGUGCCAUGAACUCUCUGAGCUCCCACUCUCACCACGGAUCAGACACCGACUCCAUGGAGUGCUCUGUAGUGCAGCCACAUGGUGGACCUGGCAUUGUGUCAGCCAGCGACAGCGAAUCCAAGUCCAAUGUACUCCGAAAGCUACUGAAGAGGGCCAACUCAUACGAGGACACCAUGAUGCCCUUCCCUGGCACCACCAUUAUCUCCCAGCUUCUCAAGAAUAACAUGGCUAAAAAUGGAGGAGGCCCCGAGAGGGGAGAAAGAGGGGACAGGGGUGAUAGAGGUGAUAGAGAUGUCGGCUUCCCCGGAUCAGGGCUCUCCAACGCAAGUUCAGAUGCUCCCCAGGAGGACGCCUGCAGUAACUCCUCCCAUGAUAGCACCCCUCAAGAGUGCUUGUCACCCUUUGGUCGUCCUCCUGGCCUGGCCACUUUUGACAUUGAACGUCUCAAUGAUGAACACCUGCGUGCCAAGCGGGCCCGUGUAGAGAACAUUAUACGGGGUAUGAGCCACUCACCCAGUGUGGUGGUACCUGCUGCUUCCCGUCAUGAGCGUGACCACGAGAUGGAUGGAGAACGGGAGAUGGAUCUAGACUGCCCACCCCCUCAGUCACAGCAGCAGGCCCCCAGCAGCCCACGGGGAGGCGAGGUGUGCAGCAGUAACAGCCGGGAGAACAAGCGUAAGCAGCGUCUGCCUCAGCAGCAGCAGCAGAGCUUCACUCAGCUGGUGUGCCAGAGGAAGGAACAGAAGCAGGAGGAGCGGCGGCAACUGAAGCUGCAGCUGGAGGACAUGCAGAAACAGCUACGCCAGCUGCAGGAGAAGUUCUUUCAGAUCUAUGACUCAACCGACGACUCAGAACACAACGACCUCCACAACGACCUCCACAAUGACAUAGGAAACAUGUCCGAGGACAGCCCAGCCAGGUCUGACACCGGCGGUGAUGACCGGGGUGGAGACGACUUACGAUCUGACAAUGAGAUGUCUGACCUAGACCCGGGUCAUUUCCUGGACAGGGCGCGGGCAUUGCUUCAGGAGCAGGCCUUGCUGGCAGACAGAGAGAAGCCCAGAAGAGAGGGGCUCAGCCGGAGCAAAGGACAAGGAGGUCCAGGGUCCUCCAUGCAUGCUGAAGGUAAACAACUGGCAGAAACAUUGAAGCAGGAACUCAAUUCAGCCAUGACCCAGGUGGUGGACACAGUGGUUAAGGUGUUUGCCAAGCCUCCACGCCCUACACCCCAGCAGGCCUUCCCUUCGCUUUCCAUACCCCCUGAAAGAUUUCCCAAUGCUGUCAAUGGCGACAACCCCAACUUCCACACCGCCAACCAGAGGCUGCAGUGCUUCGGCGAUGUCAUCAUUCCCAAUCCACUAGACUUCGCCAGCAUGCCCGGGAUGCCAGGCCCCACCAAUGACCAAACCGAGGCGAUACCCUUAGUUGUGAGGAAGACACCCAGUGAGCACCACCACCAGUCCUCAGCUGUGGGGGCCCAUGGCGGGCACCACCACCCCGUCCUUCACCCCUCCUCGCUCUCUGCCUCAAUGGGCUUCAGCCCCCCAUCCUUUAGACACCCAUUUCCGCUGCCUCUGAUGAGCUACCCUUUCCAGAGUCCCCUCGGUGGACCCACAGGUGGCUACCCAGGCAAGGACCGUUCCUCUCCAGACUCCAUGGACCUGUCCCGGGAGACCACCAGCCUGAGGACCAAGAUGGCAACAGGUCACCACAUGGCGCACCACCAUCGUUCCUGUUCACCAGCGCACACUGGCAGCACAGCCGAGGUACUCUCCCUGUCCCUCAUCAAGUCUGAGUGCAGUGACCUCCAGGACAUGGCUGACAUCUCACCCUACUCAGGCAGCAAUAUCCAAGAGGGUCUCUCUCCCAACCAUCUGAAGAAGGCCAAGCUCAUGUUUUUCUACACCCGCUACCCAAGCUCCAAUAUGCUCAAGAUGUUCUUCUCUGAUGUAAAGUUUAAUCGCUGCAUCACCUCCCAGCUGAUCAAGUGGUUCAGCAACUUCAGGGAGUUCUACUACAUCCAGAUGGAGAAGUUCGCCCGCCAAUCCAUCAACGACGGAGUCACUGGAGUCGAGGAGUUGGGCGUCAGCCGUGACAGCGAGCUCUUCCGAGCCCUCAACAUGCACUACAACAAGGCCAAUGACUUUGAGGUCCCUGAACGCUUCCUGGAGGUGGCAGAGAUCACACUGAGGGAGUUCUUCAACGCCAUCGUGGCGGGUAAAGACGUGGACCCGUCCUGGAAGAAGGCCAUCUACAAGGUCAUCUGUAAACUGGACAGCGAGGUCCCCGAGAUCUUCAAGUCCCCCAACUGUCUCCAAGAGCUUCUACACGAGUAAAUCUCUCCUCCUCCUCCUCCUCCUCCUCCUCCUCGCUCGACGCUUUGCGCUUUUUUUACUUCCUCUGAUUUCAUAGAAUUUCAAAAUAUUCUCUUUUGUUGUUUUCUCCUUUUUCCUCCCCAACUUUUCUUUUGAUUUCCUGUUUUUUUUUUAAUUCUUUUUUAUUUUUGAAUGUAUGAAAGUUAUGAAGUAGCAUUCCCAAUCUGAAGCCUCUGUGGCAGUUCCUAAAUGACCUAGCUAUUGUGUUGUUGUUCUUAUAUGAUAAUUAUCACGAUGGUUAUUAUUUGUUUUUGUUUUUGUAUGAUUCUGAACUGAAGAGACUCUAAUCUUAUUGGGUGUUUUUUGGACCGUGUGAACCCUCAUCCGUUUGGCUUGUUUUAUGAUCAACACUAACAAAGUCCUCAGUGUGUGGAAGGAGUUCCUGAGUUCCCAUUAACACUACUAAGAACAUAGGCUGGGUUCCCUAAAGACUUUUACUCACGGCACCCAGGGGUUUCCCUCCGAUCCAGUGGGUGUCCAAAUGAACUGUCCCCACAAAGUGGGAGCCCGAUAGACUGUGCUACUGAAGACGUCCCCGACAGGACAGU